GGAUGCCAAGUAUGUGUUAUUCAGGUUCCCGUGCGGCUGUCGGGGGUUUCGGUGGUCACUGAUCCAAGCCCGAAAUAGAACACACUAUGUUUCGGGCUCUCCUCGCCAGUCGGCUCCCCUAAAUGCGCUGCAAACGCAGAAAAGGCUGUUAUCGUGGUCUGCGGAGCAACUCAAGAGAGAUCCGGGGAGUUGGCAGGGUUUUCAAGUGUUUUUGUAGACACUGGCCAGGGGGUGCGGCCUAGCCGAGACCGCGGGUCGGUGGGAGGAUUUACGGCCUUCAGAAACACCAUAAGCUGUUUUUUUGUUUAAACUUAUAUUUCCGAGAAUGAACAUGCGUGGAACCCGCUUAUGAAAAAGGGCUGUACCAAGGUGAUGAAGAAGGUUAAGCUCCUUUGCACUUUUGGCUGAUGCUCACAUCCAUGUCAGUUCGCUGUUUAUAUCAAGCCACAAAGUGUUCCUGAAAACAUUAUUACAUAUAAUUUUUUUCUUCAUUUGUCGUUCUCACGAAAUAAGUUAAAAUAAGUUCCUCUCUGCCUCCACACCUUUCCCAUCGUGGGCAGUCCAACAUUCCCUUCCCCCUAAAUUUGUCUGGGAAGAGGUUCAACUACGGCUCAAAGCUGAAUCCGUACACCCGAGCCCGGAUGACGGAGGCGUGGCAGCAGCAUGCUGUUGCCCCGCCUCCAGUGGUGCACACCAUCCCACCAGGGGCGGACACACUGGGCUGCACUGUCUACGGCAUCGUCCUCCAGCCGGACACGGCAUUGCAACAACAACAACAACAGCAGCAGCAGCAGCAACAAUCCCAGCAACAUCACAGUCAGCAGCUCAACCAGCAGCAGCAUCCGGCACAAGCGCAACAGCCCUCCUUGCAUGUAGGGAGCGAGGAAGGACACAAGUGUGGUGCAUGUGGCCAUGACAUCUCCCAUCUGGCUAAUCCCCAUGAGCACCAGUGCAUGGUGAGCCAAGACCGUUCGUUUCAGUGCACGCAGUGUCUGAAAAUCUUCCACCAAGCCACUGACCUGUUGGAGCAUCAGUGCAUGCAGGUGGAGCAGAAACCCUUUGUGUGCGGAGUGUGCAAGAUGGGCUUCUCCCUGUUAACUUCUCUAGCGCAGCAUCACAAUGCCCAUAACAGUGGCAACCCCAUGAAGUGCUCCAUAUGUGAAAAAACAUAUCGGCCGGGUUCUGGAAAUGCCACGCCAACUUCAUCAACGGGCACUCCAGGGCAACCAUCUAACGACGAAGCAUCGUCCAGUGGCAGCGCUGCUGUCGGGACGUCAGGCCAGCCUACGUUUGAGCCUUCACAACCUGACAGGCCCUACAAGUGUUCCGUGUGCUCCAAGGGUUUCCGUCACUUAUCUGAGCUCACCCGUCAUGAACGCGUCCACACGGGCGAGAAGCCUUUUAAAUGUGAAACAUGUGACAAAAGCUUUAGCCAGUCCUCUCAUCUAGCCCACCACCAGCGUACCCACAGCUCAGAACGGCCGUUCAAGUGUGCGGUGUGCGAGAAGAGCUUCAAGCACCGAUCCCACCUAGUCCGUCACAUGUACGCCCACUCGGGUGAGCACCUGUUCAAGUGCAACCUUUGCGAGUUGCACUUCAAAGAAUCUUCCGAGCUCCUCCACCACCAGUGUCAGCCGCAAGGUGCUCGGCCAUUUCGCUGCGCCACGUGCGGUAAGGGCUUCAAGCGUCCGUCCGACCUGAGACAGCACGAACGCACUCACUCGGAGGAACGCCCAUUCCACUGUGAAGACUGCCAGAUGAGCUUUAAACAACAGUAUGCCCUGGUGCGCCACCGACGCACGCACAAGCCCUCCGCCGACCGCCCCUUCAAAUGCAACCUUUGUGACAAGGGCUUCCUGCAGCCGUCCCACUUGUUGUACCACCAGCAUGUUCACGGCAUGGACAACCUUUUCAAGUGCGCCUCCUGCGGCAAGGGCUUCAGCCAGUCCGGUGAGCUGCUCCGCCACAAAUGUGGUGAGUCCUCCUCGACACCCACAAAUCCAGACAAGCCCUACAAGUGCGACGUGUGCGGAAAGGCCUACAAAAAGGCCACCACGCUACAGCGCCAUCAGAAUUCCCAUUGCACCGAGAAGCCACUCAAAUGCUCGCUGUGUGACCGACGCUUCCUGUCCUCCUCAGAGUUCGUGCAGCACCGAUGCGACCCUUCCCGGGAGAAGCCCUUGAAGUGUCCCGACUGUGAGAAGCGUUUCAAGUACUCCUCGGAGUUGCAGCGGCACAGACGCGUCCACACCGGAGAGAAGCCCUACAAGUGCGCCAGUUGUGACAAGGGCUUCAAGCAACGCGAACACCUGGCCAAGCAUCAAAGCGUGCAUGCUAGAGAUGCCCAGUUUAAAUGUGUAUGGUGUGGAGAGCGUUUUGCUGAUCUAGGAGCCCUUCAGGAGCAUACUGUCCAGCACACAGCUGAAGGUGAGGGGUAUCCUGUGUCCUCUCUCAUUCAGUAACUUGUGCCCCCAAUUACCAUUUGCAGAGGUAUUAGCAAUUUCUACUCCAGUCAAAUGAAUCUUACAAGGCCCAGUGACUUCAUAGUACCUCAUUUUGUUCUAAACAUGCAUAUGCUCAACAAGUAGUUAUUCCCUUUUUGAUAUCAAGAGGCAUACUUUAAUUGGAUUUGAUCGGCGAAAAGUUAUUGAUUGUUGGUUUAUAUCUGAAUCCUGGGAGGAGGGAACAGGACAUCUCGAACUCUAUCCCAGAUAACACUGUGACCCUAGUCCAGUAGGGUGGCAUUUGCCCUGCAUUGUGGUUCCUUGACCCGACAUGGCUCACAAUGCCCCCAUCAGAUCUUUAGAGCACAAGUCAAAAAACGAUUCGGUCUGCAACUAUUUGUUCAGUCUUGAUCCUUCAUAUUAAAUCAGCUAUACACUUUUGUUAGUACCUAGUAUGGCUCAAAUACUGCAUAAUGUGUGCCUCUACGUAAUAACUCUACUCCGAUCACUAGCCUUGGUCCAAUGUACACACAUCUGGAGCACCUCCGGCAGCCUACUGUGUGUAUUUAGUUCGCCCCACAGCUAACGACAAAACAAAACGGGGGACAAAGUUAUGAACUGUUGAAACUGUCUGUAUAUGUCAAUGUUGACGUUCCCCUUGUUGUGGCAACUAAUGGUAUGUACCAAAAACCAUCAUUGUACUGUACCACACCUUAAAUGAGACAGAUCGUUAACCAGCAGAAGUAUAACGACCUCAGACAGUCUCUACAUUUCACUGAGAUUAUACGUAAAUAUAUAGAAUCUAUAUAGAAAUGUAAACUUCAAUCUUGUAUACAAACAGUUCAUAUUACCAUGAGAAUCAGUACAGCUGUCCUGAAAAUUGCCUAAAAAAACUGAAAAGGCUUCCUGUAUUACUGUAUGUACACAGUUAGUAUGUAUGCAACUUGUUUACCAGUCCUGUCAUUAGAUAUUGCGUUGUCUUUCUUAAACUGCACCACAAUUUUAUAAGUAGUUUUCAUGUGAAGUUCUGAUUCAUACAUUCUUUAUAUUUUGUUUCUAAUUUGCCUUUUUAAAAUUAAUUUUAGCCUCUUUGUAGAUGUAGUUUGGAUUGUAAUGGGUGUGUUCAAGGUUGUGUGAAAAUUGAGUCUGAUUUUAUAAAGGUUUUUGCCCCAUGCCCUGACCACCCACUGCCCCAUACAGGACUCAUGUACUUGUUGUACAGUACCCUAAGUGUCAUUCUUCCUCUACUGUAUAGAUUUAUCCAUGUGUUUGAUCUCUAAUCUGCCAACACCAUGUCUUGCCUGCAGUCAUUUGCCUUUCGCAACAUGACGGCGAGUCAUUUUUUUUGCUAUUCUUUUAUAAAAACCGUAAGAUCAAAAACUUUCAAAAUGGAUUUUUGGUUUCCCCCAGAAUCCAGGAAGGAAAGUGUUUGUUUUGGGCCUCUAAAGCCUUGACUUAAAACGCACGUCACGCUGAUGUUGUUAGUGAAUGUCUGUGUUGCGUACUCAUUAAACGAUAACCAGUACGUUCUUUUGAGAAAUUGUUUUUUAAACUGACACUUACUACAAUUGUAGUAUAUACAUAUUUAAUUUAGAGAGUAAGUGGUACUCAUACAAGAGUAAUAUUUGGUUUUUUAAUCAUGUACUCUCCUUUUUUAAUAUUAGAAAAAAGAGCUACCACUUUUUUUUAUUGGUCUUCAAAGCUGUUUUUGAAUAGAACAAGCUGUCCAAGUCGUCAUUUGCCUGCUUUGUUUCCCUCCCACCCACAUCACAAUUUUGCAUCAUCUUACCUGGGGCAAAAUUACAUUCUCAGCUCUGUUACAAGUCAGUGCAGUAUUAUAUGUUGACCAUUGGCCCUUGAGGAGCGUCUCCCUCUUGCAGUUAGGUUUCGCCUAGUACUGUACAGCGAGGUGAUAGUGACACUUUGGCCUUAAGCAGGGGCGUCUAGUUUCUCUGCAGAGCCCUUUGCCUCCAAUUUGUUUCCCAUUUAUUGUAUCUAUUUACCACUGUUUUAAAUACCAUGGGGCUUUUUUUAACUGUAGGCAUUAAGAAUCAGCGAGCAGUCAGAUUUGAAAACUAUGUUGUGUUUGUUUUCACGUUUUGUAUAUUAUUAUUUUUUUUUAUUAAUAUUGUUUAAAAUCUCUAUAUAAAUAUCUAUAUUCUUGGCAGACGUGUCAGGACCACAGGGGAACGUUAAGAUUGAUGGCCUUCCUCUAUGGUUUUGAGACCUCUCCACCCCGUGCAUGCCUGCUGUGUUAAUCCCCGUAAUCUGUUUCAUGUAUGUGCGCUUUCGAGUGCACAUACUUCUCCUUAGCUUUUUUUCAAAUUGUAGAUUGUGUAUGAGCUAGUAAGAAAACUUCAUGUGGCGGUUGAUGUGACAUUCAUGCUGACAUAUCUGUAUGUAGCAUUUAAUAUACACAGCACUAACUAAUAAACCUUUUCAUUAA